UAAUUCCACAAAUCUUCCACCCCAACACACACGCACACUUUCUCUCUCCAUCUCUCUCUCUCUCUCUCUCUCUCUCUCUCUAGAGCGUGCUUGGUGGGGGAAAAUAUAAAUCCCCUGAUUGUCAAGCUUCAGCGAAUCUCUGCCCACCGCCCAAUCUUCUGGAUAGGAGGCAGCAGCAGCAGCAGCAGCAGCGGCAGCGAUCAUGAGGGCUCCGAACAUGGCCGCGAUCACCGCGUCCCUCGAGAGGUCCCUGCAGAACUGCUCCCUCAGCCGCCACCGUCGCCGCGGCGGCGGCGGCGCCUCCUCCUCCUCCGGGGACGGCAUCGGCCGCUCGUCCAGCUCUGACGAUCUAGCCCAGUCGUCGGCCCACAAUCCCGGCCACGACGACGCCGCCCUCGAGCUCAACUCCCACAUUUCCCUCCCUUACCAUUGGGAGCAAUGCCUCGAUCUAACGACGGGAGAGAUAUACUACAUCAACUGGAGAAACGGGACAAAAGCGAAAGAAGACCCAAGGCUAAAGCGGGACGCAGAUGAAGACGAAAACGACGGAGGCUUCUAUUCGACGGACGAGAGCUCCUACGACAGCGAGGAAUCGUCGUCAGAGUCGUCGCAUUCCACAUCGAGGACAGCGGUGACAAGGGAUCAGCAACCGCGGGGCGAGAAGGACCACGUCCUGGUCGUCGCGGGCUGCAAGAUCUGCCUAAUGUACUUCAUGCUGCCGAAGCAAGUGGAGGAUUGCCCCAAAUGUGGCGGCCAGCUUCUUCACUUCGAUCGGUCCGACAAUGUCUCGGGCUCUCCUUGAUUUGUCCUCAUCUCGGUCAUCUGUUUCUUUUCGCUCUUCGGCGAUCCUUCUUUUAUCUUGCUCCUUUUGUUUCUACUUUCUUCCUUUCUCUUGAUUCCCCUUUUGUUCCAUCCGUCACAAACCCUCCGGCCUGAAAGAGGUUUUGGUGCGGAUUGAUGAAAAGGGAGACGAGUGUCGCAAGUUUUAUUACUCCCCUAUUCCUUGCAGUCACGUUGCCUUCUUGUCAUCCUCAGUUCAUCUUCUUUCUUGCUUUUCUUGUUUAUUUUACUCUUGUCUAAGUGUGGAGUUUAUCUAGGGAGGCCCAUUCGAGUUGCAGAGAGAGAGAGAGAGAGAGAGAGAGAGAGAGAGAGAGAGAGUUUUUCUGAUAAGAAGAGCCAGCCAAGAAGAGGGUCAAAGUGGGAGAAAGAGGAGAUGGGAAUAACUUAUUAUUCGUAAUGAUUGCGACGCGUUGCUGGUACUGAUGCUCCUCAUUUCCUCGGUUUCUCAAAUUUGUGUCCCUCAUUUUCUUUAUUCUCUUUCAUCGUUUGUACUUUGGACACAGUUCAUUUUUCAUUUUUUUUUCUUCUCUUGCAAUGCUUGUUUUUUCAUAGUUCUUUUUUUUGGGGGGGUGACACUUGAGGAGUUGCAGCCGAAUCGAAACCCGGGUCGUCGCAUUUGCAGACAUCCUCUCGAUCGGUGAGCCUUUGUGAAUGGCAGACGAGCAAGAAUCUGAAGCUAUAUGCGAUUCUUAAUCUUCAAUGGUGUUUUUCCUUUGUCUCUUCGAUCGAGCUGGAGGUAGGAAAAUGAAGAAUCUCUUUCUCUCUCUCUCUCUCUCUCUCUCUCUGUGACCAAGUCCUUUUGCGAAGAGAAGAGCUACAUUGUAUCUAUCCCCUUGGCCAGCAUUUGAUUCCAAGCUUCACGUGCCAUUUUCUGUGUCCUGACUGGUCGAACAGCUCAAAGAUGAAUAAGUCUCCGGUGUUUUUUUCUAUUCAAUGGCUGUUGAGCUUUGCUAUAGACUUUUGAAAUUAGAACAAUAUAAAUAAUACCCAGUUUUCGUUA